UGUAUCGCUAUACGAAACUCACCGAGGUUUGCCGAAGAAGAAAAAUCGAUGUAAACUGUCACAUGAAUGUGAAGUGAAAGUUGCGAAAUAUUGAUUCGUGUAAAACAACCACUACCUGAACAGGUCUUCACCAAAGAAAAUCUCCCUCAUUAUGUCACAAAGUCCACCACCAGCGUACACCGAGAAAGGACAGGCUCCUGCCUAUCCUAGCGUGAAUCCCGAAAGUUUCCCCAGUCAACCAGGAUACCCCCAGAGCUACCAGCCACAAGUUCAACAAAGUGUAGUGGUCGUCCAGCAGCCUACAGGGUACCCCGGGGGAGUCCUGAAGUUCGGACGAUAUCCGGUGCAGAUCAGAUGUCCGCAGUGUCAGGCAGACAUCGUGACUGGCACGAGAGUGGAGCUGGGAACAUUUGCUUGGUGCAUGUGUGUUCUGAUUGCCUGUUUCUGGUUAUGGCCUUUCUGUUUCAUUGCUUUGUGUAUUGACUCCCUCAAAGACGUCAUCCAUACCUGUCCAAACUGCAAGAAGGAAUUAGGCCGGUAUAAGCGUAUGUAGGACCCAGAUCUGAAUGCACACCCAGGACUUGGAAGACGAAGAUGUGGGCACCAAAGUUUUUAAAAUUUUACAAUCAAGUUAUUUCAAGGUUUUAAAUACCCGUUUUAAUGGUGCAUGCAUAUUUGAAAUGUUUGAUAUAUGAGUAAGUAAGAAAUGAUUUAUUUUACAGCCUGAGCCAGGCACAUGUCAUAUUUACUGUCCGCCUGGGUUUGGCAUUCCUUUUGCGUGUACAUUACCUUUGACCUCUUUGAUAGCUCCUCGUCUCUAUGGCGCUGACUGCAAUAUGAUCGAAUCUGACCAGUUCCCCGGAUGUAAAGCUGACUGGUAGUCGUUGCUAAUGUAAACAAACAUUCCAUGCUGUAAACAGUUACAAACUUUUAAACGACCACAUGCAACAGUGUUAGAAAACCCAGACAGACAGUAUUAUAAGUAUUCAACAUAUCAUAAUAUCUAGAGUAGUUAGUCUGUUUGAGUUCGUCUAAUGUUGAGUGUUGCCGUAUUUUACCAUAAUUCUACAUGUCAAAGAUCAGAAUUCCAAUAUUUUUUAAAUAUGGCAAUUAUCAUUUAUGUUUUAUAAUCAUUUUGUGUGUUGUGCACCCUUUUUGUUGAUUUGAUUACACAUGAUUUUUAAAAUUAUGAUUUAUGAAUAUGAUUUUAGUAUGAAAUUGAUAGGAACAUUGUUUCAAGCAUUGAUCGUGUAUAUUGUUCUGUUUUAUUAAAUCUAUGUACAAUUCUUUUAUAUAAUCUGCGACCGUUCAUGUAUAUCUGUAACAGAAACAUCUAUUGCUUUGCCAUGUCAUAAUGUUAUUUUCAUUUUAACUAUUAUAAAUAUUAUAAAGCCUUGUUUGUAAUGUCCAAAUGCAUUUUAUAAAGCUUCUCUUUCAUUUUUGGAAAAUUUGUAAUAUUUAUGAUAUCACUACGCAUUAAUAUGCAGAUCAAAGCUUACCUUCAUAUACAUGACAAAGGUAUUUAUAAAGUAUACGAAAGUUAAAAAAUAAACUUGUUGUUUGAUGUU